GAAAAUGAUGAGUAGAAGAAGAAGAGCGACCCUGGCGCGAAGCAUCGAAGACGGAAAAAGUGGCUAGCCGUCUGGGUUCUUGUUUACUGGUGGAGCUGCACUUUAUUACUAAAUGUGCUCUUAAAGUAUACAGUGUGAAUAUUUGUAGCGAUAGCACGACAUGAAGUUUCGGGGAAAGAUUGUCGAAGUGGCCUGUCUCAACCAUUUCACACGAGUGGUGAGCACCAUCUCCAAGCUGACCAAGGCGUGCGUGCUGCGUCUGACAGCAGAUCAUCUUUUCUUCGUCCUCUGCGGUAAAGUGGCGGGGGGAGGUGUGGCCAUGUGGUGCGAGUUGGCCCAGGCCAACAUAUUUGACGAGUACCAGAUGGAGGGCAUGAGCGCCCAGGAUAACCAGAUUUGCCUGGAAGUGAUACCGGAGAACAUCUUCCGCGCCCUCAGGACCGUCCAGAAUGCCAAAAGCGUCAAAGUCAAGCUGACCAACAAGCACUGCCCUUGCCUCACCAUCGCCGCUGAGCUACCCACCAUGUCCAGCAUCAGCCGUGUGGUCACGCAUGACGUCCCUGUCGAAGUGGUCCCCCGCCGCCUGUGGCACGAGUUCCAAGAGCCUGGCGUGCCCGACUUUGACUUCUGUUUUGCUCAGGUCAGCGUCUACCUGCCGCCGCUGAAGAUCAUGAAGAACGUGGUGGACCGGAUGAAGAACCUCUCCAACUUCCUAGUGGUGGAAGCCGAUGCGAGCGGCCAAAUGACCCUGAAGAUCGAGACGGACCUGGUGUCGGUCACCACUUACUUUAAAGAUCUAGGAAAUCCUCAGUGGGAUGAGCGUGACACCCGAGACGGUGGUGACGCUGACGUGACUGCGGAGGCUCGCGUGGACAUCAGAAAGCUGCAGCAGUUCUUGGUGGGUCAGCAGGUCAACCCAAGCAAGGCCAUUUGCAAUAUCGUCCACCAGAGGGUGCUCCACCUGAUACUUCUCCACGACGAUGUUUCCUUGCAGUACUUCAUACCCGCAGUGGCCUAGAGAGAAAAAGCAAAACACUUUGACCCAAGUUGGACUUUGAAGUACGGAGGCAGGGGUAUGGCUUGCAAAGACGACGCUGAGCACCAGAGGGAGCUUUGGAAAGGAAAGGGUUUUCGUUUUUGGUGACUGUAACAUAAUGGGAAAUGUUUUCAGAGCUCAGCUAAGCUAAUCAAAUGUCCAAAGAGUGAGUUUACAGUUUUUUUCUGCCAAAACAAAACACCUGUAUACUUGUUAGAUGUGAAUUUAACUUUUUGGCUGGCAUUGACAGCGCUAGAUGUCUAAUCCAUUUUGUCAAGUUGCAUUUAAAAGGGAUUGGACGUCCAACACUGUCAAUGGCAGGUAAACUAGUGCCACCAGAUUGAUCGACUAAUCGAUAAGCAAAUGAAUUGUCAUCUGUUUUGAUCGUCAAUAAAUCGCACACACCAUGUAACUGUUUGCAUUACUCUAACACACGUAAUAUAAAAAAACCGGGAAAAAAUCAGGGAAUAGUAUCAUUUCUCAUAUUUACUGUAGGACUGUUUAUAUUACUCCAACACACCUAGUAUAAAAUAAAUAGCACACCAUAGUUUAAUGAAAAGAAGCAGAAUAGAGGAUACACAACGCCAUCUUAUCACAGAAGCCCAACGCGUCAUGAGCAAGACUGACGCACCAACUCUUGCAGUCAGUUCUCCCGGGCACUCCAGGACAAAGAGCAGGGCGCUCUGUCCUAAAACAAGUAGCAUCGGAGAGCACCCUCACCCAACUAAGAUAACAAGUUGAUAGCGCAGGCGCCUUGGACGUCAAGACCUGCGUCGGUCGCCGUGGAAACCACGAAGGAUGAAGCACAAACCUGAGGGAUGAUACCAAGACAGGUGUUGCUGCUUUUUUUGUUUUUUGCAGCUUUCAAAAAGAACUGAACAUUUAGAUAACACUGUCGCUGCUCGGGAACAUUCCAAUGUGUCCGUUGUUUUGCGGACCUUGGAUCCGACACUGCCUCUGUCGUCUGUUUUUUGUCUUGUUUUUGACCAUUGUCGACGAAUAAAUU